AUUUUUAGUAUUCUUAAAUCUGCAAAAUUUCAAUGACUUUUUAUUACAAAUAGUAAUGAAAAAUAGUGAAUUUUUAACAUAUUGUUAAGUUUUUAACAUGAAAUAGUAUCCAUCCGCUUGCUCGUAUUUGUGUGAUUCGGUUUCGUUGCUUGGUGACUUCCGAGAAAAGGUCGAAAGGGGUCAACUGGUGGAGCGAAAUCUCGCCAAAUCUCACCUCGAAAAGCGAGAAUAACAGCUGAUGGAUGUAAACAUGGCGGAAUUGGAGGACGACCUAAAUCGUGUCUCAGUAGAACUUGAGAGUCCUUUAUUGGCUGAACAACAGCCAAGUCAGAGCUUUAGAACAGUCAGGAGUGACUAUCUGAACAAUGACUCUGUUGCUACCAGCCCAGGUUUUGUGUCCCGACAGACCUCUUCACUCUCUGUGCCUGCCAUUGGAACCUCCCAAGACUGGGAGCUCAACUACAGAGAGGCAGCCAUUUAUCUUCAGGAGGGGGAGAAUAAUGACCGAUUUGACACCCAUCCAAGAAACCAAGAUGCCCUCCCAGCCUAUGUCAUGGUCCAUAACUUUUACUUUUACAUCAUGGACUUAGCAGCAGCCAUGUUGGUGCUACUUCUUGCGUUGGUUGAAGAGCCAGCUGUUGAUGCACUACAGCUCCAGCCGAUUAUCCAUGCAUCUUUGGAACUCUUUGGACUGACAAUUAUAGCUCUUGGUCUUGGUCUUAAAAUGAGAUGGAUGGGUUUAAAGUCGUUUGCCAAACAUAAAAGAACAUUACUUAAGGCUAUAUUUCUAUUAGUAAUGUAUAGUGAAGCCUUGGUAGUGAUAGUAAGACAGCAAUCUCAUUUCAGAGUUACCAGAGCAUUAAGACCAAUCUUUCUCAUUGACUGUCAUUACUGUGGAGGAGUCAGAAGAGUACUACGUCAAAUCAUCCAGUCAUCACCUCCUAUCAUUGAGAUGUUGUUCUUACUAGGAUAUUUCAUGCUCAUCUUCUCUAUAUUGGGUUUCUACAUAUUUGUGAAUGUGGAGGAUGACAUUUAUUUCCAAACUCUGCAAGAUAGCUUUGUAAAUCUCUUUGUGCUUAUGACCACUGCUAACUUUCCUGAUGUAAUGAUGCCUGCCUAUAAUCACAAUCCAUGGUCUGCAAUCUUCUUCAUCGUCUUUCUCGUUCUAGAACUUUAUUUCUUAAUCAAUCUGCUUCUUGCUGUUGUGUAUGAUACAUUCACUGGCAUUGAGAAGAAGAAAUUCAAGAAGCUCACACUUCACAUGCGGAAAGCAACCAGCAAAGCAUUCAGAUUAUUAUGCAGUAGAAGGCAUCCUGGUAAAGUGACGUUUGCUCAUUUUGAAGGUUUGCUCAAGUACUAUUCUCCUAACAAGAGUAAAAGGGAUGUCCUACUCACAUUCAAGACUCUAAACACUAGUGGAUCAGGCAAGCUAGAUCUGCAGGAAUUUCACAAUGUCUUUGAAGUGUCAAGGUUAAAAUGGAAGUCACAACGAGAGGAAAGACUCUGGUUUGAAUCUCUUCUCAGUCCUAUGGAUGUUCCAUUUAGAUUAAUUCAGAAGAUGGUUUCAUCAAGAAUAUUUGAAGCAAUCGUUUAUGUCAUCAUUGCAAUCAACGGUAUAGUCUUUAUCAUCAAGACCAUUAUAGCAUCAAGGCACCCACUUUCAGAGCAAUAUGAUGUAGCUUGGUAUGACUGGUUUUUUGUUGGAUUUUAUAUCAUGGAGGCCUUGCUCAAGAUUCUUGGUUUUGGACCAAGAGGUUACUUCACUGUAGGUUGGAAUCUGUUUGACUUCAUUAUCACUGUCACAGCUUUCAUUGGUGUUGUCACACAAGCAGCAGAUAAAAACUUCCAGUAUAUCAUCAUAUUGAGACCUAUAAGAUUACUUCGAAUAUUCAAGAUUAACAAGAGAUAUCGUGAUGUAUUUGGGACAUUAUAUGAACUUACACCAAGGAUGGCAAGUGUUGGAGUCUGUCUGCUCAUUAUUUAUUAUUUCUAUGCCAUCAUCGGUAUGGAGUUCUUUGCUGAAACUAAACUAGAGAACUGUUGCAGGAAUGACACUUUUGCAGAUUACUAUAGCAACUCUUCAAGAUACAAGGACUAUUUCUAUUUAAACAACUUUGAUGAUAUACUGAGGAGUUAUGUUACAUUAUUUGAAUUGACUGUUGUCAACAAUUGGCAUAUUAUAAUGGGAGGAUAUGCAUCUGUUGUAUCAGAAUGGAGCAGAAUAUACUUCUUUCUUUUCUACCUGUCUAGUAUGGUAGUCGUAACCAUAGUGAUAGCAUUCAUCUUAGAAGCCUUUCUCUUCAGGAUACAAUAUCAUCAAAGAAAAGCAGAACAAACAGAUGAGGAUCUGACAGAUGAUGGUGAAUCUGAAUCUAUUGUUGAAGUAGCGAUGAGUCUGACUGCUGAUGAAGUAGAUGAAUUCUUCCCCAGAGCUCGGGCUGACGUGAGUCUAGCUCUCCUGCUAGGAAACCUUCAUAGAGGGGGUACAAUAGCCUACAGAGGAACAAGACAGAGAACUAAAGCUGACCUAAGCAAGACAAUGUAUGCUGAGGAAGUCAAGGAAUGGAUCAAGGAAGCGGACAGAGAACACCACCAGGACCUCCAGAACUUUGUCCGUCAGAUGAGCCGUAAUACCCUCCUCACGGAACUCGGUGAUUCAACCAGCUCCACUCCAACUGAUGAUGGUACCACACCCACCGCUCCACCCACUGCCACACCCAUCGUUCAACCCUCCUCCGCCACUGCCAUGCCAGCAAGGAUGAAUCCAUUUCUUGGGAGGCCCCAGCCGAUGUCAACGCCCAACCACCAUACCCCCACUAAGGGUAAUCCCAGUAUUAACAAGGAAGUGAUGUCUGAACAGCAAUAUGAUGAUAGUGAUGAUGAUGAUAUUCUUGGAGAUGAAUUAUGAAAUGACUCAUCAACAUCUCAUCUGAUCAUCAUUUAGAAUCAUUGUGUAUUCAAGAAAUAAAACAGAUUUGAUUAUAACAAUAGCUUGUAACAUGCAAUUAGUUACAUGUUUAAUCAAAUAUUACACUAAGAAAAGUUGAUGAAUAGAAAACAAAAUCACGGUAUAUACAAGUAGGAGAUUAAUUUUUCAUUUAGCUAAUUGCUAUCAGAACUGACUGCCUAUGAGUAUCAGAUAUCCAGUUGUUCUGGCAUCAAUGGAAUGAACUUUUUAGAUGUGCUAUUAUAAGUUUGUGUGAAAAGCUCUUGUGAAUAAAUAUUGAUAACUCUACUUCAAAGAGUUAUGAUCUCUGAAGCCAAAGUGUAUUUGCAAGCAACCUCAGGCUGUAGGAUAUUGUAAUCCUAAAACAAUUUUCUGAAAUAACUUUUUAUUUUAUGUGUUCAUUGAAGUCAAAACAUUGAUUGAUAACAACUCAUAAUGAUGUACUAAAGAAAAUAUUGUAUGUUCAUUGAGAAAAUUUCUAAUAACCCUUUAAUAUGGUUUGAUUUCAGUAUAAUUCACAUUUUCCAACCUGAUUUCACAUGGGGAUAGUUCUCAGUUGGGUAAUCGAAUGACUUCUGAAUUCUGUAAUUAUCAUUUUCAUAGGGACUAUCAAGCCCCCUAUAGGAAACAGAUAAAUAUUAGUGUAUUUAUAGUUGUCGAUCAGUAGGAAAGGAAUUCUUCUCAUUUGAUGUGGGUUGGAGUCAUUCUCAAUGUAAUAGUGUAGAUAUAUGGACUGCUAUUAAAAGGCAUCGGUCGUUUCUAGAGGCUCAAGGGCACCGCAGCACAACUAUGACAGAGAGCAUGGUCAGGCAGUGUGGUACUCGCAAGCAGAAAGAAAUAACCAAGUCUGUACUAUCAAAGCAGUCCGUAUAUCUUUUAUAAAAUUCAAAUCUGUAUUUUGAUCCAUCUCAAUAGCACUGCUAUGCUAAACAUUGCCAAUAUAUAUAUGUAUGCGUGUCCAGAAGUUUAUCAAUCUCUUGUACAUUUAUAAUCCGCAUACCUGGCCAAAUGAAUAUAUCAAGGAGACCUAGGCCACAUUGGAUAAUAUUUACCAUUAUUGUAACUUUGCUGUCUAGUAGUAACUUCCACAGCAGCAUGGUAUUACACGUACAUCAAUUCAAACUCAAGGAAGUUAUCAUCGGAUGGCAGUUUCCAUAGUAACUACUAAGUUACAGUGCUCUGGUCCUGAUAAUACUAAAUAAUCACUGGUACUUUGUACAUGUAGUCAUUCCUGCUAUAUGUAUAAUCUCCGCAGAGAGUGGUUAAUGUCUGCAUUUGUCCAUAUUAUGAAGUCCAUUUUAAAUUGGGCCAUGGUCUUAUUAACUUAAUUAUUGGGAAGCCAAUAAUGUCAACAUUUUGUUUACAUUGGGAUAUGGCAUGCAAAGAACAAUAUAAGAUGGUACCUUGAGAAGAAGAUGACAAGUGAGCUCAUGA